AUAUAGUCACCAUCGUCCAUCACACCAGUAUAAUUUAAGUAGUGACACAAGGAACUCGUGUGAAUGAGAGUGAUAAAUUAAAGGAGGUUUUCGCGUUAAGUACUGAACGUUUACUUGUGGCCUUGAAACUAAAAAGCAAAAGUAGCAUAAAGUUGUUAAGACAAUAUUUGCAUCAUGUCAGAUAACACUCAGGAUAUUAUAAAAGAAGCAGCGGCAGCAGCCGCUGUCGGUGGUUCACUGUUUAGUACUUUUGACAUAAUCAUGCUUGUCAUCUUAUUUGGUGCAGCUGUGUGGUGGCUAUAUAGUUCCAGAAAAGAAAGUAAAAAGGAUGAUUUACUACUCAGUAAUUAUGCUAUACAGCCCGCGGGUUCCAUACAAGUGACAGAAAAUUCUUUUAUAAAGAAAUUACAGUCAUCAGGAAGAAGUUUAGUCGUUUUUUAUGGCUCCCAGACUGGUACAGGAGAGGAGUUUGCGGGUCGCUUGGCUAAAGAGGGUAUACGUUACAAAAUGAAAGGCAUGGUUGCAGAUCCUGAAGAAUGUGAUAUGGAAGAACUAACUAAACUCAGAGACAUACCAAAUUCUCUCGCCGUUUUUUGCUUAGCAACAUACGGCGAAGGGGAUCCAACUGAUAAUGCAAUGGACUUUAUCGAAUGGUUAAAAAAUGAUCCGGAUCUGUCAGGAUUAAAUUAUGCUGUAUUUGGACUUGGAAAUAAGACAUAUGAACAUUACAAUGCUGUGGCUAUAUAUGUAGACAAACGCCUUGAAGAACUCGGUGCAUCGAGAGUUUAUGAGGUUGGGCUUGGAGAUGAUGAUGCAAACAUUGAAGAUGACUUUAUUACCUGGAAGGAAAAAUUCUGGCCUUCGGUAUGUGAGAAAUUCAAUAUUGAAAGCACUGGAGAAGAAGAGUUAACUCGUCAAUUCCGCUUGAUUACACAUGUAACAGAAGAAUUAAAGCCAAAUGAAAUAUUCACUGGAGAAAUAGCAAGAUUACUUUCCCUACAGAAUCAACGCCCACCUUAUGAUGCUAAAAACCCUUUCUUAGCGCAAGUUAAGGUUAACAGAGAAUUACAUAAAGGUGGUGAUCGAUCAUGUUUGCAUAUAGAAUUGGAUAUAUCCAAUUCCAAUAUGCGAUAUGAAGCCGGUGAUCAUGUGGCUGUUUAUCCUAUUAAUGAUAGUAAUUUAGUCGAUCGACUUGGUCUUUUGACUGGUGCCAAUCUGGAUGAAGUGUUCUCACUUAUCAAUACAGACCACGAGAGCACGAAGAAAAAUCCAUUCCCCUGCCCUACCUCCUAUCGCACUGCACUGUCGCACUAUAUUGAAAUAACCGCUUUGCCUCGUACACAUAUCCUCAGAGAACUUGUUGAAUAUUGUACAGAUGAAGAGGAUAAAAAACGUUUGUUGCUAAUGGCUACCAAUUCUCAAGAAGGUAAAGCUUUGUACCAGUCAUUUGUUGUUGAUGCAUGCAGGAAUAUUGUGCACAUAUUGGAAGAUGUCAAAUCGUGCAAACCACCACUCGAUCAUCUUUGUGAACUCUUGCCCAGACUUCAGCCAAGAUAUUAUUCCAUUUCUUCAAGUCCAAAGAUGUAUCCUGAGACAGUCCAUGUUACAGCUGUAGUAGUCAAGUACAAAACUCCUACUGGUAGAGUCAACAAAGGAGUUACAACUACCUGGCUUGCGGAAAAUAAACCUGAGCCUGGAAAACCUUUCCCAAGAGUUCCAGUUUACAUAAGAAAGUCCCAAUUCAGGUUACCGUUGCAGUGCCAGACGCCUAUCUUGAUGGUGGGGCCGGGCACGGGUCUGGCGCCUUUCCGCGGAUUCUUGCAGGAGCGAGCGCAUGCACGCGCCAGCGGCAAGCCCGUCGGCGACACCAUUCUGUACUUCGGAUGCAGACACCGCGAUCAAGAUUAUAUCUAUCAGGAGGAAUUAGAAGAGUAUGAGAAAAACGGAGACGUCAUCUUACAUACUGCUUUCUCUCGUGAUCAAGCUCAGAAAGUAUAUGUGACGCACUUAUUAGAAAACAAUUUAGACCAGAUUUGGGACGUUCUUGGAAAGAGAAAUGGACAUUUCUAUAUAUGCGGUGAUGCUAAAAAUAUGGCCGUCGAUGUCCGUAAUAUCGUGAUUAAGGCUAUAAUAGAAAAGGGAGGACGGACCGAAGCAGAAGCGCUACAAUUUAUCAAGAAAUUGGAAUCUAUGAAAAAAUAUUCGUCAGAUGUUUGGAGUUAAAUACCAAUUGAUAAAACCGACAAAAUAAUAGUAAAAUAAUAUGAGAGAAGGAACAAUGAAAUAAGUAUUUUCUAGAAGUCAGGCUAUGGGAGGAAAUCGCAGCUUGUGUAUUAUACCGUCUGCAAAUAGGGUUCAUUUAUAAUACCUAAUAAUAAUUUAUUGUAUUAUACGUCAGCGUGUCCUACAAAGUCACGAGAGAGUGGUUAACAUCGAGUGUCAUAAAGAAAAUGUCGAGUUGUCAACUAUGUUUAUGCAUAUUUAUUUUAUAUUGAAAUCAUACGUCAAACAAUGUAAUAGCUAUUUAUAUUACACGAUUGCUGGGGUUGAAUAUUAUUUCGACUAUAAAGUAGCUUUGCUAUAUCAAGUACGUUUAACAAAUUGAAAUAGUCUUGAUUGUUGGAUAAUUUAUUCAUAAUAAUAGUAUCAAGGAUUUUUAUAAAUAUAAAUAUGACAACCCUUUAAUGAUAUUUUAUGUAAUAUGUUUUGCAAUAAAGUUUUAACAUGAAUAAUAUGUAUGUACAAAAAGGGAGAUAAAGAAACUAUAAAUAUAGAUUGAUUGUACAGGAAUAAACUUAUCAUUACGUUUUGUUCGACUCUUAGUAAAGUUUAUGAGCAACUUGUUUCUUAUUUUGCGUUUAGCUUUGUUAUCGUUGUGUGUAGUUUUGAGUUAGAAGCUAUAUGUUUUAUUAUAUAAGUGGAGUGGGAUAUAUAAGAGAAAUAAACAUAUUUUAAUUUUAUAUAAAUAUCAAGUGCAUUAUUUGAUUUA